UUUGCGGGUUCUUCCCGGGUCCCUGCUUCCACACGUCUCCUCCUUUCAUCGAGUUCUUAACAAGUCCAUCCAGUUCUGUUUGCUCGAUCCCCUCCCACGUCAGGGGCUGUGACGUAGCUGCGGCUGCAACUCUUUCACUUUCACUUAACAGGAAGAAGCUUCGUGCGCAGCAGAAAGUCCGGACAGGGAAGAAGACUGUCAACAUGGCAGCCGCGGACACUGAGGAGUCUAUGGAGAUAGGUGAAGAAGACGAGGGGGGCUUUGUGAAACUUCCUACACCUGCUGAUGUGGUGAUGAUGACUGAAUCACAGAGCAAAGAUGAAGUUCAAGUCGUUCUCCCCAUCAAGUGGGAGGAGGGUUUUACAUCCAAAAAAUAUAAAACGGAACUGACCAAAGCUCUUCAGACUUGGGCCAACAAUAACAAGAUUGCCGGGAAAUUGGAGGUUGAAGAUGCCUCUGACUAUAAAGCUACGAUAAAGAUAAAUGAUGCUUCAGUCCUGACAAAGCUGCGUGAAGCGGCGGGACAAACGCUGAGCAACAGAGGCAGGAAAAUAGUCACUCUACUGUCAAUGAGUCCUCCAGAGACACAAGAACCAGAAAAUGCUCCAAUGAACCUCCCUUCACCAUCGGUGCCAGACCCACAACAUGAGCCAGGGCAACAGCAGGGACAAAGGGAGUUAAGCAGCCCAGUGGCAGAUUCUGCAGCUGGAGAGGAGACAUACACUUGUAAAAUCCCAUUUGCCUUUUACUUAUAUAUGAACCACAUCCACAAGGAGAAAAUCGAUCGUAUAGAGGCAGAGAAUGGAGUCAAAAUUGCGGCAGAAGUGACGGUAAAAAUUGAACCAGGCAAGGAGAACGGAGACCGACGCAAAGCUCUCUCUGAGUUCAGAAACCUCGUCCAGACAUUCCACACUGAAUACGACGGCUUUAGCAUCCCUCUCGAGGUAAUGGCUCGGGAUGCCAUCAACAAGUCUCUCAAUACUACAGUACAGAAAACCUCAACUUCCACCAAACCUUCUGUUGGAGAGCCUACACAGUCGUCUUAUGAGACACCACAGGCGAUUGGCAUGAGUAUCAACGACCCUCUUGUCUACGCAGGACUAGACAUUGAGGAGAGCGUCUGGAGGCAGAUGACCGCCUCCUUCAAUGAUCAAGUAGCUAAGCUGAAAGCUAAGUUUAAUGUGGACUUUAAAGAAGCAGACAUCGGUCAAGGACAAGUGAACAUCAAAGCUCGCUCCAGAAGAUCUGGACAAAACAAAUCAAUGGAGAGCCAUGCUGUCAGGGCUCUCCUUCGUCUGUACCAGAGGAUCGGCACAUCACCCCAGGUGUUGACCAAAUGCUACGGUGUCAGUGGAUUCAACAGCUCUCUCAAGACAAAUGAUUAUCAGCCAGAGGGGGCGUCCGGCGGAGCUGUAUCGAAUGGGCCGCCAGGAUACAGCAGGGGCAACACUGAAGAACCCACAGGAGGGACAGUGGCUGUAAGAGAAGAAGACGCAACCUGCCCCAUAUGCAUGGAUAAGUUCAAAGAUAAGAUCAAGCUGAAGUGUACACAUGAGCUUUGUAAGGGAUGCCUGCAAACAUUAAAGAUGAAGACAGGGCCAAUCUGUCCUGUGUGUAGAGAUGUCUUUGAUGUGGUAGAGGGAAACCAACCGUCUGGUAAAAUGUCCUGGAAGACCUGGGGGUCAUCCCUCGAUGGAUUCCCACACUGUGCCACUAUAGUCAUCUCCUAUGAUAUUCCAGGUGGAAAACAGACGAAAAGACAUCCCAAUCCUGGACAACAUUACUCUGGUAUUCAAAGAGACGCAUAUCUGCCGGACAACGAUGAAGGCAGAGAAGUGCUGCAGCUGUUGGCUCGAGCAUUUGAGCAGAAGCUCAUUUUCACUGUGGGGAUGUCCAGAACUACCGGGUUGGAGAACCAGGUGACCUGGAACGACAUUCACCACAAAACCUCCCGAUCAGGAGGACCAGAUAGUUUUGGUUAUCCUGAUCCUGGUUACCUGAGCAGAGUGAGAGAGGAGCUGAAGGCUAAAGGCAUCAAGUGAACUCUGUAGUAGACGCAGGUCUUAAUUCAACAUACAGGAAGUCCUUCAGAAAUCAAGAUGAUACAUUUUUUGAUUUACGAUUAUCUAAAACCAAUAUUUAGUGUGAUGCACAUUAUUAUAUUAUAUGCUGUUUAUUGUAGUUUCUCCAAAUAAUCAUUUAGAGUUCCUUUGAGAUUCAAUGGACAGGGUUCAUUGCUUAAGAUUUAAUUGUUUAGCAACAUAUCUGCACGUUUUAAAUAUCAUUUUCUUUGAAGGAAUAAACAGUGUAAGAAUGAAGCUUGAAUGUAUUCAUUUAAUUUUAUGUGCACAGUGCAUAUAAUCUGAUUUAUUGUUCACCUAAAACCUGAUUAAACUACUAUUAAAGUACUGCACACCGA